AUGAGCUCUAGUAAUAUAAAUUCAAAUCCAAUGCCAUCCGUUGAAACUGGUUCCAAUGGUAGAAGCAAAUCCUCUUCGGAGAAAGUAGAAUUAAUUGAACUUCAUGGCAAGACCGUUUCAAAGACUGCCACUGGUAAGCGGAAAUUCCAUAAGAAAUCGAAAAAUGGUUGUGACCAUUGUAAGAGAAGAAGGGUCAAGUGCGAUGAGACCAGGCCACAUUGUUUGAACUGUAAGAAAAUGAGUCUAGAUUGUGUUUAUACUCCGGUCCAGCCAAGGUCGAGGAAAAAUUCUGCUGCGACAGCGCCAAAGCAUUCAUCAAAAGUGUCAAAGCCUGCCACUGUCAGCACUCCAACUGAACCUAUAUCUUUGAACCAGGUCGAUAUCUUGGUAAAUACCAUGAAGGCAGACGCAGAAUUAGAACAACAUCAACAACAACAUCAACAGGUACGACAGCAGCAACAGCAACAACAACAACAGCUUCAACAGCAAGAUCAGAACGUGAAAGUUAAGAGCGAAAGAAGCGCUGCUGCUAGUCCCAAUAAACAAGCUAUGGGACAAGAUAACCUGCUCCUGCCACCAAUAGCACAGAACUCGAACUUUUUGCAACAUUUGCAUCAUCAAAUCCAACAACAACCAUACUUGCUUCCACAGUUGAUGACAUUAACGAAUUCAGAGAAAUUUGCUGCUCAGUUUGAAGUACCGAACAGUCCAUCAACUGGUAUGCAAAGUCAGCCUAUGAACGUAUCAAAUAGUAUUGCGUCAAUACUAGCUGGAGGGAAGCUUCCAUCACAUUUAUCAUCGAAUCUAGCAUUGCUCCAGCAACUGACGCAAUCUCCUCAGAGACCCAGCACCAAGUUGCCUUCCAAUAAUGGAGCUGCUAGCAUUCCAGGCGGUUUCAAUCUAAAACAACUGGGUACUUUCCCAACAGCGGGAAUCGGCGGGGUUACAUACGAUUUCCAAGAACUACUGGGACUGAAAUCGCCUCCAAAUACUUCCACUACCGAGACAGUACCAACAGUUUCUCACGAUAACGAUCCUCUAAAACAGGAAUCUGCCGCUGAAGUGUUAGCCAGUCUUCAGAUGAAACAACAACAAAAGACGUCGAAUCCUUUAGACAGCAAUAACUUGGAUAUUGGUACCCCAAGCUUACCCAAUAACCCAACUAUAUCUCCGGCUGCUCCAAUGUCCCCGUUGACAAAACUGGAUGAUUCUCAGGCAAGAGGUAAUGCGGACUCCAAGUCAGUAGGUCCUAACGGUGGUAUUGUAAACAGCAAUGCCACAAGCAUGUCCAAAUCAAAUACACAAGAAUCUCAGGCCUCAAGUGAUACGGAACUGUCACGUAUCGGUACCAUUGCCAGUAUGAUAGAUUUUUCUACAAACACAAAUUUGAAUCUAAUCGAUUUGAAAUUGUUUCACCAUUAUUGCACAAACGUUUGGCCGACCAUAACUGCUGCUGGAAUCAGUGAGAAGAAAAUAUGGUCCGUCGACGUGCCUGAGAUAGCGUUUGAAUACCCAUUUUUAAUGCAUGCCUUGUUAGCGUUUAGCGCAACUCAUUUUUCUCGUACCGAGAGUGGUUUGGAAAGAUAUGUAACACAGCAUAGGUUGGAAGCACUUCGAUUAUUGAGAGAAGCAGUACUUGAAAUUAACGAAUCCAAUACAGAUGCCCUAGUUGCAAGCGCCAUUAUCCUAAUAAUGGAUUCCUUAGCUAACGCAGCCACGCCUACCGCCAGUGGAGUCAACAGCCCUUUGAAUAGUGGAUCUAUUUCAACAAGCGCUUGGAUUUUCCACGUUAAAGGUGCAGCAACAAUUCUAACUGCUGUAUGGCCGCUAACUGAGAAGUCAAGGUUUUAUAACCUGAUCAACGUCGACUUAAGUGACUUAGGAGAUGUAAUCAACCAAGAAAACGGAUCUAUAGCAGAACUUGUAUGCUUUGACGAAAGCAUCGCAGAUUUAUACCCCGUGGAGCUCAAUUCACCGUAUUUGAUCACACUCGCCUAUCUCGAUAAGCUUAACAAGGAAAAAGGCCAGCCAGGAUUCAUUCUACGUGUGUUCGCAUUCCCAGCGUUGUUAGACAAGACGUUCCUUGCACUCUUGAUGACCGGUGAUCUCGGGGCGAUGAGAAUCAUGAGAAGCUACUAUCAGUUGUUAAGAGGAUUCGCAAGUGAAAUGAAAGAUGAGGUCUGGUUCCUAGAAGGCAUGACUCAGGUACUACCACAGGAUGUCGAUGAAUACAGUGGUGGUGGUGGUAUGCACAUGAUGUUGGAUUUCUUAGGCGGAGGGUUACCCUCCAUGACUACAACCAACUUGACGGAUUUUGGAAUUUUCUAG